AUGCGGACAUUUUUGGUGCUAGCAUGCGUGAGCGCCGCUGUGGCGGUGGCAGUACCUGUUGAAUAUGGCGGCUACAGUUUUGCGCACGCGCCGAUCGCCGUCCAUGCCCCUGUAGUGCACGCCGCGCCCGUCGUACACGCUGCGCCGGUAGUCCACGCUGUACAUGCUGAGCCUAUUGCCUAUCCAAAGUACGCGUUCAACUACGGCGUGAAGGACCCUCACACGGGCGACAUUAAAUCACAACAAGAAGAGCGUGAUGGUGAUGUCGUUAAAGGAAGCUAUUCUCUAGUGGAACCGGACGGCUCAACCCGGACCGUUGCGUACUCCGCAGACGAUCACACCGGCUUCAACGCGGUCGUGCACAAAACCGGACACGCCGUCCAUCCGCAACAAGUAGCGGUCGCGCACGCAGCACCAGUAGCCCACUACGCUCCAGCCCCCAUCGCUGUGGCAUCCUACGGCGGCUACUUACACUAAACCACCACGGACUUAUAGCCCUUUGCAAGAGCGACACUUAGCUCCGUAUGGUUCUAUUUGAAUCUACAUUUCAUUAAAAAAUGACACAGAAAAUCCUAAAGACGUCAUUUAGCUGAUCGUCGUCCUUGCGUCGGACUAUUAAUCUUUUAAUCAUAACGAAACAAAUA